UUCCUUUGAUUUCCAUAUGACUGAGUAUAAAGAAAUGAUAGGCUUUGAUGCGGCUUCUGAAAUGAUUUUUAUUACCAAAUUCUAGGGUCUCUUCCACAACCUGCUCACUAUCCAAAACGCACUUUGUCGCUUCCAUGAGAGCAACGCAAACUCGCUGACCAAAUUGAAGCAGGUCAACAACUAUUUCAACCAACUCGAAGGCUACACCGGAUGUGAGGAUAUUGACUAUCAAAGCUUCAUUGAAUUUAUGCAGGAUACUUCCUACGGCGAUGCUCAAGAAAUUCGUGCUUGGGUUUGGCAAACAUGUACUGAGUUUGGUUACUACCAGUCAACAGACUCUGACACGGCCGGACCAUUCUUCGGAGGGAAACCAGCUUUACCAGUCAAGUACUACAUUGAUGAGUGCACAAACAUCUACGGAAGCGAGUUCAACUCAGUCACUGUAGCUGAUGCCGUUGCCAAAGUGAAUGCCUACUAUGGUGGUCGGGAUAACAUGCAGGUGAUUCGAGACCCUUCAAUGACGUAA